CUGCACCUGAUUGUCACAGAAAAACACGCCGCAGAAAGACGGAAGUCACAGAAAAAGAGACGACAAACAAAGAAAACAACUUUUAAUUGACGUGAAGAACCGGGACUUGAUUUUUACCACCAAACCUGAGUUGACGAGCCAAAAGUUAGGACGUUGAAGCGACUCCAUUCUGCAAGAUGAGGAGUCUCCGGCCCUCUGAAAGUCCCCUCAGUGCAGGUGUGCUGGGGUUGAUGGAGCAGCAGGACCCUCUAGUUUCAGAGACCAUGUCCGAUGGACAAGUGAUGCCCCCCACAGUCCCCUUUCCCAGGAAUUGUAAAGCCAGAGCAAGUCUACCCGUGGGCCGCUCAAGUGGUCAGAAAAGAGAGAAGCCAGAUGGUGUGUUGUACCUGCAGUAUGGAGAGGAGACAAAGCAGGUUAGAAUGCCAGCUGAGAUCAGCAGUCAGGAUGCUCUGCGGAGUCUGUUCGUCACUGCCUUCCCUCAUCAACUCACCAUGAAGAUGCUGCAGUCUUCCAGAAUGGCCAUCUACAUCAAAGACAGCCGCCGCAAUGUCUACUAUGACGUGGAGGACAUCAGAAACAUCACAUCCAACUCCUGUCUGAAGGUUUAUCAUAAAGACCCAGUGCAGGUGUUCACCCGCCCUGCCAGACCUGCCAGCGCAGAGGGAAGGAUCUCCAAGGAGGUACUGUAUGGCAGUCACAGUCCAGUCCACACCCUGUCGUCAUCCAGCCACGGUACCCUGCAUGGCCUGCAGGGCUCCAUGUCUCCCCCAAUGGUACGCUCCAUGCCCUCUUCUCCCUCCAGGAUGGUGAUGGUGUAUGGUCGGGGGAACACACAGGGAGACACAGGGGUGGUGGAUCCAGACAACACCACAUUACCUCUGGAAUGCCUGUCAGGAUUUUGCCGAUCUAGUGCCAGCAGCAGUGUCAUAUUGGAGAGGAGAGAUGUCAAGCCUGAUGAGGACAUUGGCAGCAGUAAGAGCAUGGCCCUGGUGGUACAUGGUGAAGGAGGACCACAUUACCCAGAUUCCUACUGCUCCUCCCUGCAGGAUGGAGGAGGAGGUCCCCUCAGCAUCACCUCCUCCCAGUGCAGUGCUCCUCCCUCUCUCACUGCAGACAUGGUGGAUGCUGGGGUCCCAGGGAUCCCAGGGGGACUGCAGCAGUACCGGGCCUCCAUUAAACCCCUGAUGGGCUACGGAGACAGCAUGGACCAUGUGACCCACUCCAUCCACAGGCAGAAGAGCUGGAAGUAUGGACACAGCCAGCUACAUCCUCUGGGAACCAAAACCCCACCCACUUCCCCUUGCAGAGUCAGGAUGAGUGAUGGACAGAUCACCGGAAGUGUGGGCCUUGUGUCUCCAGAGAGGAUGUCACAGGUUCGCCAAUCCCUGCAGCGGGACAGUAAUGGAGCUACAGUGGAGAUCACAAACAGAAGCAGAGGAAGAGGCUUGUCAUCUUCCACCUCACCUGUUUUUAUGAACAGCCCUCUCACACAACCUGAAAGAUUGUUUCAGGGCUGUGUGACUGCCAGCAACACCCAGAGUGAGAGAAUGAAAGCCAUGGAGGAGCAGAUAGCCAGCCUAGCAGGGUUGGUGCACCAUGCUUUGUCCAUGGGACCAGAUGUUCAAGGAGUCAAGGACACUGUCAGUGAGAAUGCUGGAUGCAAACUGCUCAACAACAGACCUGGGGUGUCACCUGAGCCUCAGAACCCUGCCACUUUGAUUGACAGCUGCAGUCCUGCCCUUCUGGCUCUUCAGGCUCCUCCCUCUGACAGCAGGCUGCAGCAGGGCUUGGUAUUAGCAAAGAGACAUGUGUGUGAGCUGCGACUGCAACUCGGCCAACUCAGACACCUACAGCUGUCAAACCAAGAGAGUGUAAAUGCGAUGCUGCAGAUGGCAAGUCAGGAGCUGUUGAUGUUGAUGUGUGAUCGGCUGGCUCAGUCUGAGGAGGCAGCAUACAGAUGGAGAGCUGAGAUAGAGGGGGAGAGGACCCGCUACCUGGCUACAGAGGACAGAAUACUCAUGCACCUCAGUGAACUGGAGGACUAUGUGGACCAUUCAAAGAGCACUACCUCCCCUCCUGGCCAGCUCACUUUAAGAGAUGUGGAGGAGGGAGCAAUACGCCUACAGAGGGUUGGAGAAGAUCUGGCUAUCCUUAAAGGUGAAUUUCCAGAGCUGCAAGUGAAGAUACGGUCAGUGCUGAGGCUGGAGUUGGAAGCGAUGCAUUUCCUGAGGGAGGAGCCUCAUAAGAUGGACUGCAUGUUAAAGAGGGUCAAAGUCUUGACUGAAGCCCUCAGUUCCCUUCGCAGGUGUGUGUCAGAGCCACCCCCUCCAGCCAGAUCAGCCCAGGUGGAGCCUCAAAAGGUUCUGGAAACAGACCAGGUGCCCCAGAAGACUCAGAGUCCUCACAGCUCCCCCAAACCAAAGCUGCGAUCCUCUGUCAGGCCCCCUCCUCCCACCACCCCACUCUCCGGGAGUCAGACUGAUGUCAGCAUGGUGGCCUCAGCCUCCCCCAUCAUGGCCCACAGAAUGGCAAGCACAGCAGCCACUGUGAUCCAGCCCCCACCCCACCUCCCCAGCCUCCUGCUGACACCCAAUCAUGGACAAGAGUUACUUACUGUGGCCAAGGUGAGUCCUCACAACAGAGAGGGGUGCCCCACCCUGCAGAGGAGACUGGACCCUCUGCAGUCCAAUGGACUCUGUAGUUCAGCAGGUGGAACACCAACACAGGAGAGCCACACUGACCAGACCACCACCACAGAGGGCAGUCUAAGUGGGGAAACCAGCAGUACAAACCAGUCAAGCACCAGCCAAACCAAGCAGCUAGCCACCUCUGACUCCAGCCAGCCUCCAUCCCCCAACACCAAGACAGAUUUCGAUCCGAUCCUCCCGGAGGCCCAGGCCAGCCUGGUGAUGGCUGAUAUGGAUGUGUCAAAUACCAGAGAGGGUCACUCUGAUUUUGCCUCAGGACAGAACACACCACUGGACCUGACAGAUACUCAGGAAAGCACACUUCCCAAGCUGAGUGAUGAGGUGGACUCCAACCAGUUAAAACCUCCAGACGCAGCUCCAGCAACAGCCUCACAGUUACCUGCAGCUGCUGCAGAGCCUCCUCCAUCACCUGCUCAGUCAGUUCCUCCAUCAGUUGCUUCCAGCACAGAGUGCAGCAGGCAGCCACAGGUGGAGAAACCCCAGCGCUCCAGUGUGAACAAGGAGAUGAAGCAGAGCCCUGACAGGGCUGGCAGGUGUCCUCCUCCUCCUCCUCCUUCACGAAGGUUUCAUUUGGCCAGUUCAGGUCUUAGCAAUGAAAGAUCAGGAGAUGUGAUCUUCACUACCAGGAAAGAGCUGGCUGGAGCACAGGAUGAGGGUGAGAAAGAGAAACAAGAGAAAAAAAAACCUGUGGUUCCUCAACCCAAACCCCCAAGACAACCACCAGAGGUCAAACCCAAACCCCAGAUCUGUGCCUCUGUACAUCUGGCUGGUUCCUCUUCCAUCCCUACUACAGCCUCUGCAUACAGGAAGGAGGAGGAAGAUGAGGAAAACAAAUUUAUGAAAGAGGUGACUACAGAACUGUCAAAUAAGAAUAAUUUGCCAGGUGGAAAAAGACAAUGGAAAGGAGAAAUGAGGGCACCUUCAGCAUCACAGGUGACCAAUCAAAGGCCCUCUGUGUUAGCAACAUUUAAUCACCAGUCAGCUCCUAAGACAGAAAUUACAAAUGGCUGCCCUCAUAAACUGAGAACAUCAGGUGAACUGGAAGAACACUGUGAAGGUGGAAAAGACAGUUUAAGUCCUGAUAAGAAGACAGAAGCAGAGGAGGAAGUAGUCAAGCAAGCACUUUCCUUAAACUGUGCAAUAGUAGAGAAAGUUGAGGUGCUCCCACCUAUUGCUUUACAAGAUGUUCAGAAAAAUGAAGAGAUGCUCACACUAACCCAAAAGAAAGGAGGGAAGAUGGAGACACUUACUGGCUCAACUUCACAAAGAGAAAAUGAUCUUAUUGUAAAUACCACUGAACAGAUAAACAUGGAGCUUGUUGGGAAGGUGUCCUCCCAAACCACAGCAGAAAAUAAGGUCAUGUUUACAACAGUUGUUACUCUGAAAAAAGGAAAGAUUCAAGGAACUGACAUAACAAGUUCUGACCAGACAAAUAGAAAAGUUGUCAAAGAGGUAUCAGCUGUCAAGAAAUCAAAUUUGAUGGUGAUUGUAACUUUACAAAAAGAAAACACACUGGAGGAUUGUUCAACAGAGUUGUCACCAGCGUUCCAGCAGGAGAAGUCCCGGAGCUUGGAUCAGGAGUGUCUUGCUUCUACUCCCAUCCUAAAACCUUCCCCCUUUUCACCAAGCCUGACUGAUAGCCACAGCAGCAAGCACCAGAAUGAGGAGACUACAGUGCAGGUAUCCAGGGAUCGAUCACAAUACACAGAAGAAGGAAGUAGCCUGAGCCCUGAUAUGUGGGAAGAUGAGGGACCUCCUCCCCCACCACCUCCAAACGAUAAAAUCAGCCAUAGAAUUUCCAAGACCAGAGUCUGGGGACAGUCUGAAGAGGAAGACUCAGCCAAAAUGAAUUUCUCUGAUAUACAUAGUGUGGCUCAGCACAGUACUGGUGAAUCCCCUUAUCUGAGACAUGGGGACAAGGGUUUCGAGGACAGUGAUAACAAAAAGCCUAUUAUCAUCAGCUUGAAUGAGCCUAUCAACAUUCAGUCAGCCUACAAACGUCUGUCUACCAUCUUUGAAUGUGAGGAAGAUCUUGAUGGAGUGCUCUCUCCAGAAAGUAUAGUGGAUGAAGAGCAGACAAAGCACAGAGAAAAGGAACAGGAUGGAAGAAAACCUUGGAUCACUGAAAUGAAUACAGGCUUAGGCCUUAAAGACAUCACAGAGACUGGUCAGAAUUACCAUUAUAUGCAGCAUCAAGGGUCUCCAGUAGAUAAUGUCUCAGUUCCUGAAAGCCAAGACCAGGGUAAAUCUGACUCACCCAGAAAGACAGAGACCAAAAGAAAAUUCAAAUUUAAGUUACCCAAAAACAAAUUAGCUGCAAUUAGCCAGGCCAUUCGAACAGGGCCCAAAACAGAAAAGAAGACUCUUGAGGUUGUUGUCUAUGAGGAAGAGGAAGAGAUAGCAUCAGACAACAGGCCAGUGAUGGAGACCAAGAAGCAGACAAAGGAAUCCAAGAGGUUUGAGAUGAAUAGUACCAAAUGUUUCAACUUAGGUGAAGAUAGGGGCUAUGACAGAGACCUCAAGGUGUCCUCUCCCAGACACUCCAAAUCACACAGCCGGAUAGAGGAGCUCUGCAAGAGUACAUUAGACUCUAUUGACAGUCUAGAAGAGUCCAUUAAACAGUUGGAAAUUAGUGUGGAUGGUAUAACUGCCCCUUCUUCCCCCUCCUCCUACCUGUCUUCACCUCCUCAGUCCUUUGAUUCUGUCUUUGACUCCAGUGACAGAGCCAAGCUUAAAGGCAAAGUCAGACUAGAAAGAGAGAGAAACCCAUCCAAGAGGCCAUCCUCUCAGAUCCUCAAGGGUCCAAAUCCACCUCAGAGUAAGAGGGCCAAACCACAGCUUCUACAGGACACUGGGAAAAACUGCUCCAAGAAACAGACAUCCGGCAGCAGCUCCAGCUCAUCUGCUUUGCGAUCCCACACCAAAUCUCACCACUUGUCCUCCUUAGGCUCACCAGAGAAGACACCUAAGGUUCAGCAGCAGGGUACCCAGAAGCCACCCAGCCAGGCUGACAGGCCACACCAGGCCACACCAGGAAAUGCACUAGAAGCAAAGCUAGUCAACUCGAACGCACAAUGGUGACAGCCUCGAGGGACACAGUGUGACAGUUUGAUGCUCCCAUCUAGGAUUUAGGUUUUAAAAACAUGUAAGUGCAGACUGAGAUAACAUUGCGCUGUGUUCCUACAGCAAUAUUUUGUGAUGUUUAGUUUUUGACAUUGUUUGAAUGGGCUAUGGGAAAAGAUAAGGCUUGUAAAACCUAAAAAAAACUCUGUCCUGAUAUGCUUUUAAGUGCCACCUCUGGAGCCCAACCUUUCAACAGCAUGGUUGAUAUUACUGGCUGGUUUUAGUUCAUCACACAUAUUUCUGUGUCAGCUGUUGCAUAAUAAAACUGCAGCACAGACAUACCAAAGAUGUGUUUAAGGUAAUUUAAAAUGUGUGUCCUCAAUCAUCCUUUGUCCAGUGGAGAGUGUACUUUUUAACUGCAAAAUGAUCCUCUCAGGACAUAUCUUACUCAUGUUCUUUAACAACAUUUAAAGAUUUUUUAUUAGAAUUGUUUACAAUGGAGAGUAAAAUAAGUGUUUCUGAGAAAUAAUGUGAUAAAGAAUUAUGUAUUUAACCCAUGGAUGUAAAAAUUGUGGAUAAAGGUGAUGCCUGUUUGCUUACAGGCUUACAGGAACAUUAGCUUCUAAUAUUCAGUACUGGUUGAGCUCUAGCAGCACACACCAACAGCAGGUAUCCAGGCUCCCGCAACUUGACUUCUCUGCAGGUGACAGCACAUCUUUUCUUCUGCUAUCCUAGCUGUCAGAAUGCACAGACUGGAGAGACUUCACUGACACAGAAUAUUUUUCACAACACUACAUGGAGUCCCACCUUCACCUUUAAAAAUAACAUGUUGAAGACAUUAGCUGGUCAACUACACCUGAGAAGAUUAGUUCUUUAGGAGAAGAAUCUAGUCAAAGAACACAUUAUUAUUAUGUAAUAAUUAUUAAUUAUAAUUACUGUAUUUUCGAUUAACCCACUUUUCCUUAACCUAUUUGGUUUGCUUCCAUUUCAGACAUUGUACACAUUUUCCACUACUCAAACUUGAGCCUAUAUCUUUCUACAUCUUUCAAUAACAAAGUGCGAAUAUGUUAGACGUCUCAUCUGCCAGAGCCAAAUAUACAGCAGAGAGCACCUUGCAGGCAGUCAGACAGUGUGAGAUGGAAUUUCACUGUAAUGUCACAGGUCAAGAUACAGAAUAAUAUUAAUUAUUCUAAUUCAAUAGUUAUAUUUUAGCGUGAGUUUAUUUUUUUUCACCCAUUCCAUCAGGUCUGUAAAGUGCAGUAGAAGAGCUUAUUUUAGAUUAUUGGUGUGUGAGAUACAGUAUGUGUGGUUUCAUUGAACACUGCUGAAUAUAUUUCUAUAUUUAAAAAAGUUCUAGGUGAUUAUCAGUAUGCAAAGUUUAUACAAAGACAGUCAUAUAUAGUCUGUAAAUCUGUAAGAGUUUUUAUGUCAAUAAUAUGUAAAUGAUAUGUAGCUUGAUAUAUUAGAUAUAUUUAGACAUAGCUGUUGGUUAUUGUGCUUAUAGAACCAUGUCCAUUUGUAGUGAUGUGUUUAAAGUGAUUUUGCUAGAAAGAAAACAUAUUUUUUCUUUUGUUUUGGUUUUAAUACACUACUAAGUUAGUUCUCUGUCACAGACACCUUCAGACAGGUAAGGCAAAAGCCAUCAAGACUAAAGGCACAUUCCACCAUUGUGGGAAACGUGCUUCUUAGUCAGAUGAGAAGAUGGAGAUCAACAUAGAGGUGUGUUCAGGACAAGCACGAGAAUCUCUGAGCUCCAUCAAAAGUGAAAAACUACCCAUUCCAACAUCUCCAGACUUUCUAUUGUACUCAGCAGGGUUGUGUGUGGUCCUUUGCAAAUGGUGCCCUGUGUCUCUGAAAUCAGUGCCAUUUGAUCAUUUCAUUACUAAUCAGCACCACAAAUUCUGUUGUGGGGGUCUGUUAGUCAUGGAUUGGACAAAAUGUGAUUUUAUCAUAUGUAAAGCACAAAUUUAGCACUGAUUUAUUACCAGCCCUUAAUAUUUAUGUAAUAGUAAUAAUAAAAGACAGAGCACACCAGUUGAAACAGAAUGAGAUUACUCUGGCGAAUAGGAGCAAGAUGGCACGAAUGUCACAUACUACAUAAUGGAAAUGAAAACUAAUGUUAAAAAAUAAAAGUUGCUGUAGGAAGCAGUAUAGCCAGCUCAUGUUUGAAGUUUGGAUGAAACUGGUGCAGGCUGGAGUAAACACACUCUAGAUAUAUCUGAGUACAGGACACAGAGAUGAAAAUGAUUAAUUCAACUUCUCAUGUGACUGUUCUUUUUUCUGUAAGGCUACAAUCUGAGCUUGGUAUUUGGUUUGUUGUGAUGUGAUGUGUAAUGUGAUGUAAUACACACAGUGUGGACCUUUUACUGUUUCAGUGUAUUAAAAGCCUUUUGAAUGUUUGCUGUUUUUCAAACAUACAAGGUAGUCAAGUCAAGUCAAGUCAAAUUUUAUUUAUAUAGCGCCAAUUCACAACAGAAGUUAUCUCGAGACGCUGUACAUAUAGAGCAGGUCUAGACCGUACUCUUUAUCUUAUAAGAUUUACAGAGAAAAACCCAACAGAUCCCACCAUAAGCAAGCACUAGGCGACUGUGGCAAGGAAAAACUUCCUUUUAAGAGGCAGAAACCUCGAGCAGAACCGGACUCAAGGUGGGCGGCCAUCUGCCUCGACCGGUUGGGUUUAGACAGAAAGGUACAGUUUAACAGAAGCUUUCACUUGCACAUAGGUAGUGUCUUUCUUUUGUUUUUGCUCUAUCAAGAUGUGUGCAUGCCAGUUGUCUGUCAGACUGAAUCAUGUUGAGUUUACACUGCUGUAAGUAACUGUAUUUUGUGGUUGUGUGAGCUGUUGGCUCUCAUAGGUUUGAGCUUCCGAGAGAACUAAUAAAGGGCUUCCCCAGUGUG